AUGUAUCCUAUUGCUGCUGGCACUUCGGAUUUGCGAUCGCUACGUCAACGUGUUUUAAAUUAUUGCUCGGAAGGAAAUCAAAAGGCCUUAGCUGAUUUUUUUGCCGAGCUAGAUAAGGAUCUCUGCAAAGAACUUGUGCAAAAUCAUUUUUCUGAUGGCCAGACCAGCCUUAUUGCUUCAUGCAGAAACGGACACAGAGAUCUUGUCAAUUACCUUAUCGACGUAUGGCAUGUCGAUAUUGAACAGGUUAACAUUCACAACUAUUUUUAUCACCUUAUAUAA